AUGGUUGUUCAUAUUGUGGCAGGUGAAUUACCUGAUGAGAUUGGUAAUCUUAAUCUGGUGAGUUUUGUCAUCCGUGAGAACAGCUUCACUGGCCUUAUUCCAACCAAAAUAUUCAAUAGUUCAACUCUUAAAUCACUGGUGCUGAGUAACAAUGACUUUUCUGGUUAUCUUCCAUUGAGCAUGGGGCUUUGGCUUCCCAAUCUUGAAAGUCUUAUAGUUGACAACAACAAGCUCACCGGAAUAAUCCCAAGCUCCAUCUCGAAUGCUUCUAAGCUUACCCUCUUGGGCAUGAGUGCCAACUCACUCACCGGCGUUAUUCCUGAUCUUGGCAAUUUAAGACUCCUGUCCUAUCUUAUUUUGGGGGAAAAUAAUCUGACAAGGGAAUCCUCCACUAUAGAAUUGCGAUUUUUCUCUUCUUUAACAAAUUGCAGAAACUUGAAGAUGUUGGAAUUGUCAAUCAAUCAGCUAAACGGCAUCCUCCCGAUGUCACUGGGGAAUCUCUCUACUUCUCUUGUAUAUUUGGGGGCAUUUGGAUGUAAACUUAAAGGGGAUAUUCCUAGUGGAAUUGGAAACUUGAGUAGCUUGGAGAGAUUAAGCUUAGAUAGCAAUGAGUUGACAGGAUUCAUCCCGAGAGAACUCGGGAGAUUGAAACAUCUCACACGGUUAUAUCUUGAGCAUAAUAGACUACAAGGAUUCAUCCCCACAAAUCUUUGCCAGGUGAAGAGCUUGGGACACAUAUACUUAAGUGACAAUAUGCUCAAUGGACCCAUACCAGCAUGCUUGGGUGAACUUAAAUCCCUAGCAAGUGUCUUCCUAGAUUCCAACAGUUUGAAUUCCACAGUGCCCUUAAACUUGUGGAGCCUUAGAGAUCUGCUUGGUCUCAAUCUCUCUUCAAAUUUUUUAAGUGGCUACAUACCAUCAGAUAUUGGCAAAUUGAGGGUCAUAGCACAAAUAGACUUGUCAUGGAAUAAGUUGUCAGGCGACAUCCCGAGCUCCAUUGGAGGUGCUCAAUCAUUAGUUUCUCUAUCCCUGGCGGGUAACAACAUUCAAGGACCUAUUCCUAAGUCAUUCGGCUCCUUAAUAAAUUUAGAGUUUUUAGAUCUAUCGAAUAACAAUCUGUCUGGAGUGAUUCCCAAGUCCUUGGAGGCUCUAAGGUAUCUUGAAUACUUAAACUUGUCAUUCAAUAGGCUGCGAGGAGAAAUUCCUGAGGGAGGACAUUUUGCAAAC